AUGGUUGUAAUUAAUGACUUGAAGGCCCUACUAAAGAGUGAGUUUGAGAUGAAAGAUUUGGGUACGGUAAAGAAAAUACUGGGUAUGGAGAUCUGGCGUGAUAGAAAAGUAGAAAGGCUAUGGGUUUCUCAAGGAAAGUAUAUUGGGAAAGUUUUGCAGGCAUUCUAUGUGAUCAGUCCAAACCGUUUUGAGGAAUAUUUGAGGGAUCUUAAGGAUGCUUUCAGUCCGAUGAAGAAGUACAAAUUGAAAAUGAACCCAACUAAGUGUGCUUUCGGUAUAUCAGUUGGGAGUUUCUUGGGGUUCUUGGUUCAUGAGAGGGGCAUUGAGAUCGAUGCUAACAAAGCCAAGGCAAUUCUUACCAGCCGACCACCUCAGACGAUUAAAGAAAUUCAAAAUCUGUUGGGAAAAGUAAAUUAUCUCAGGCGGUUCAUUUCCAAUGCUGCUGGAAAUAGGUCAGGCGCAGGUGUCUUGUUGGAAGGACCAGAUGGCCAAAGGGUCAGUUUGCAGUUGCAAAUGGAAGCUAUGACCCAUAAUUCAGCAGAAUAUGAGGCUUUAAUCUUGGGAUUGGAGGCUUUGAUAGCCAGGAAAGUCCAGUCGGUUAUUAUAAAAGGGGAUUCUCAAUUGGUGAUUAAUCAGAUUGUGAAGCAAAAUGAGAUCAGGGCCAAGACUUAUGGAAAGAAAAUCUUUUACAGAACAUUCAAAGAAGGAGACCUGGUCUAG